GUGAGAGUGGCACGCAAGACUCGAUAUUCGUCGUUUCAAACGAAAAAUAUCACGGAAAGAGACGAAAAUAAAAUUUUCACGUGUAAAAUUACGAAGAUCGACCUGUUGGCAUGAACGAAAAUACUCGGAACAGCGGCAGAGUGAUCCGAGUGAAUUUCGAGGAUGUGGAAGUUGGCAGAACAGCGGUAAAAACGAUAGAAAUAUGGAACGAGUCCUGUGAGGAACAAAUUUAUCAAGUUCAAAGAGACCCAACCACGAACCCGUUGGAUCACGUUUUCCAUUUACGUUCUUACACCUGGAUGCUCGCUCCGAGAGAGAGACACGUGUGCGAGAUACGUUAUCGACCGUUCGUUGCAUCCUCGAAAAAUGUGGAUUACUUCAGCAUCACGGAGUCGUUUGGUACCUGUUUGAAAUUGAUUGCCCGCGGGUCUUGUAUUGGACCCCGUGUGACUUGUUCAACGACGAAAAUCGUGCUGAUCAGCACGAGCAAGAACCCGGCACCAAAAUGGCGGAUCAAGCUCAAGAACGACUCGAAAGCAUCGGCGAUAUUUAUGAUAGCCAUGAACGAAAAAUAUCGGCCGUUUCAAUUGGAUUCGAGACACGGUUGUAUCAAUCCUUGUUCCCACAAAUACGUGACGAUUACCUUUGACCCGCCGGAGGAUGGAGCGUACAGUUAUCGUUUGCCUGUUUUAAUUUUACAUCAAGAACCGAUCGUAAUUUAUUUAUACGGAUACCGGAGCUCGUCGCACAAGGAGGAGGACAAAAGUUAUUCGUACGUUUUCCCAAGAGAGAAAAACGGCUUCGAGGGGUACAUGAACGACAGUGUCGAUACAACGAGUGACCUGCCACCUGUGUCCUUCUCGAAAAAUUACUUCGACUUCGGUCGCGCGGAAGUAGAUACGGAGAACAACAGUGCUCCAAGAAUCCCGCAAGCAAUAUGUCUGACUAAUCACAGUCAAUCGGAUUUAUUGAUCACAUGGGAGAAAGAUUGGGUGUGUAAUUUAAUAGAGAUUAAUAUUAAUACAGAUAUUGAUGGUGUUUUCGACGUGACACCUCGCGAAUUACAAUUGAGGGGAGGUCAAUCCUCGCUGUUCGAACUCUCCUUCAAUCCGAAUGCCGGAAACAAUCUUUUCGGAAGGGAGAUCGUCGCUUCAGUUUUCGAGAAUGGCUCAAUGGAUAUUGUUUUUCCAUUUUUUACGUCGAUUGAAGUAAUAGGUCAUUCAUUUCCGGCCACGUCGAACGGAUGGAUCCCGCAAUACGAAAUACCUCAAACAGUAAUAAUGCCAGCGUGCGUGCCGCAGGAUCCGGUCUUCACAACGUUCCUGAUGAAGAAGUUCGGUCAUUUACCCCUGAUGUUCCAAUUUGUUCCACCACCGGCGACUCGUUUCACCGUGAAGCCAAUCCUUGGCGUGAUUCAUCAGGAUUAUCAAAUAAUCACGGUGAAAAUGUCACCGAAACCGGAGGACGAACAAAUCUAUCUUGAACGAUGGACGAUAUACUUCAACGGGAAUACGAAGAACGAGAGUUGUAUAGAUUUCAAGGGAUACGCCGAGUGCCCGAACAUAAUAUUCCUCAAUGAUAACGUGUUGAAUUUCGCACCGGUUCUACCGCGAUGUCAGCAGUUCGAGAAACUCCGAAUGCGAAACAUUACACGGCAUAAAAUCAGAUACCUCCUGAAUGUAAAAAUAUUUAAGAAACAAAUGUCCCCUUUUAUCGACUCAACUAGAUUUAGAUUCUACCAAAUGCCUUACGAAUUCAAUAUGCAAACAGAGAGCGGAGAAAUUGAACCGAAUGAUUUUCUGUGCCAAGAAUGCUCGUUACAGCCAACCGAGCCGUCCAUAGAUUACGAUUUCGAGUUGAUAUGUGUCUUGAUUGUCGUUAAAAAUGAAACUCUCGUCGGGCUGAAAAGUUGCGUGAGUCUACGUGUUCGUGGAAGAUGUGAAAUGGGAUCGUUAGUGGCCAUACCCGAGGAAUUGUAUUUCAAAGAAAUCGAGUACAACAACACCGAAACACUGACUUUCAAACUCUUUAAUUAUUGUCCAGUGAAUAUUUCCUACAAAUUGAUUUGCGACCAUCGAAACUGGCCACUAGGUAACAUUCAGAGAGACGUUCAGUUCCGUCCAUCUGUGGGAACGGUUUUCUCAGGCUCUUAUGAACAAAUAAUGAUUUCUAUUACACCACGUACACCCGGUUAUUACGACUUUCUCGUUGAAUACAUGAUUAGAGUUAAUUCCCGAUUGGACACUUUGGUGCCUGAUCAAAUACCUGUCAGAAUUUGUACUGUUUGCUGUAUGUGCAUACUGCCCACGAUAAAGGUGGACAAUGUGUGUGCCUAUGGAUACAAGCAGACAUCUUCGUUAAAUAUAAGCAAACCAUUUUUGUGGAAAGCCAUGGAAAUAGAUAAAUUAAACACAAUUCUUGAGAAUAUAUUGCCAGGGGAAAGGAAGAACUUGAGGAUAAAAUUGUUCCCACUGGUUGUAAACAAAGGAGUUGUUAUCAUAAAAUUAAUUGUAAAGAACUAUUCAAGAUUUCUUGCUUCUUGGACCUUUAAAUGGAUCCAACGCUGCAACUGCAAACCAGUUUCGAAGAAGAUAGGUUGUUCUCUUUGGAAGAAAGAACUUGAUUGUCCUCAUCAGAAACUUUGCAUUCUGGAUCCAAUGUCUGGGAAGUUAAAAAGAAACAAGGAGACUGUAAUCAGUAUGGAAGUAUAUUAUUCAUUGAUUGGAAAAUCAGAAUUAUCCUACAACUUAGACAUAGGUCACGAUCGUCACAUUAUUUUGGACAUGUUGAUUGACUGUUUGCCCGUGUCAGAAAAGCAAUAUAACUUCUUAAGUAGUACAUGUGCAAAUUUCGGACAGAUUUACUUCGGAAACAGAGAGGCUGUUCAUAAAGCGUAUUGGAUAUGGAAUAUUACAAAUAACGAUUUACCGUAUUCUGUGGACAUAUAUAACAUUUGUAAGAUUAAUGAACAAUAUCAUUGCGAAGUGUUUUCUUGUUUGACUCAAAGUGGAACUGUGAAAGCCCGAUCAAGUAAACCUCUGCUUUUGAAGUUUCAACCUAGAAUGUUUGGGACAUAUAAGGCCGUGCUUCCAAUAACAUUGGGCCAUAAGACGAUGGAAUUGACGUUAAAAGGACAAUCAUCCUGUGACUUCAGAUCAACUCUAGUUGGAAAAUCGAUACCAAUUUAUUGCAGGUGUAACACUUUACAAUUUCCUGUAUAUUUCAACAUAGACUGCAUAGACAUGUGGUCCAGACCAAUGCAUAAUUUUAUGAUUAAAAUGCUUAUUGUGCAGAAUGGUUUGGAUCAGGAUGCACUUGGUUUCGAGUGGAAAUGUAAAGAUGUGUCAGAUGUAUGUGAAAUCAACGUGAUACCUCGCAAGGGUAUAAUCGGUCCACACACAGUGCAGAGUUUUAGGCUGGAGAUUACCACGAAGGGACAUCCAUGUAGAAUUAACAUCGAUGUACCUUGUGAAUUCAUUAACGCUAGUAAAAAGCGCGAUUAUCAGAGAAGUAUUCUGCAGUACGAUCUCCUAACAAAAGAACUGGCGGGACAAUUUGUUAUUACAGAAAAAGGCACUACUGUCCCAGAACCAUGGUUAAAAAUAUUAGAUGAACCAGAAACAUUUAGCAAAACAUUAAGUGUACGUUGUUCUAUAUAUCCUGUAGAAGAUGAAUCUAUAAGGAUUAGUUUAACAGAAGAAUUGAAGACUGCACCAUUAAAUCCAAUUUUAUUCGAUGAUACGGAAAGUUACGACAUCACAGAGGACACGAAAGAACUGUUUAUAGCCACGUUUAUUCUGGAAGGUUUAUUAUGGGAUAUUGUUAACGGUAGAAGAUUUAAAAGAACUAUUGAGAAGAACUUAAUACCUAAAAGAAAUUUGUAUUAUUCUCAAUUUCUAAUGGACCUGUCUGAGCGAAGGAGAUUAAUAAACAGGUGUUAUAUAUCACCACCGCUGAAAUUAAUUCACUCUAUAUUAGAAAAAAUGCUGUUUAUCAUUGUACACGAAGAAUUUUCUUUAGGAAUAGCACAUAUGACUCCCAGAGAAGAUGCAAGACAUGCGAAUUAUAUCAGAACCAUACUGACACAAAAGAAA